GCGUUCACUGCGCGCUCAUGGCGUUCCACUCGCGCUCGACAGCUGCGACUGACGCAUUUGGACAAGAAAUGAAUGCCCUGUGAAACUUCUUCGUCUCCCGAAUGUGAUCUUUGCAGACGCCGUGGGUGUUUCCGCGCUCAUUCCUCCGGUAUAAAUAAUCCGAAAGCACGGCGCGGCCGUUUUUUGGGCGACAUUACCACGGGAAAUACGACCGAAAGCGGUUUGCUUUAAUUUCAUGACCGAAAACUGACCCUUCACCAAGUUGGUAACGACUCCGGAUCGUUAACUGUGGGGAGAAAUGGGCACUUUACGCGAUCUCCAGUACGCGUUACAGGAGAAGAUUGAAGAACUGAGACAGAGAGACGCGCUGAUUGAUGAACUGGAGUUGGAGCUGGACCAGAAAGACGAACUCAUCCAGAAGCUUCAGAAUGAGUUAGACAAAUACCGAUCCGUUAUAAGACCUGCAACUCAACAAGUCCACAAACAGAAGAGUGUCCUCCAAGAGCAGCAGAGGACUAAGAGACAGGCGAUCUCAGCCGAACCUACAGCCUUUGAUAUUCAAGACCUCAAUCAUGUCACCCUGCCUUUCUAUCCAAAGAGCCCACAGUCUAAAGAACUAAUCAAAGAAGCCAUUCUUGACAAUGACUUCAUGAAGAACCUGGAGCUGUCUCAGAUUCAGGAGAUUGUGGACUGCAUGUACCCUGUGGAGUAUGAUAAAGAAAGUUGUAUCAUCAAAGAAGGCGAUGUGGGCUCCCUGGUCUAUGUCAUGGAAGAUGGCAAGGUGGAGGUGACAAAGGAAGGCAUGAAACUCUGCACCAUGGGACCAGGGAAGGUGUUUGGAGAGCUCGCCAUCCUCUACAACUGCACCAGGACUGCUACGACUCACUACAGUGAUGGAGAGUACAUUAUCAGACAAGGUGCCAGAGGGGACACGUUCUUUAUCAUUAGCAAGGGAAAGGUGAACGUUACUCGAGAAGAUCUACCCAAUGGGACCCCUGUCUAUCUGCGGGCCUUAGGUAAAGGAGACUGGUUUGGAGAAAAAGCUCUUCAAGGAGAAGACAUCAGGACGGCUAAUGUCAUCGCCGCUGAAGCUGUCACCUGCCUCGUCAUCGACAGAGAGUCCUUUAAACACUUGAUUGGAGGUCUGGACGAUGUCUCGAACAAAGGCUAUGAUGAUGCUGGCGCCAAAGCAAAGUAA